GCCUUAUAAAAGGCCUGGCUAGAAAACUACAUUUGUAUUUUUGACUGGAUCUUCCUUCUACUGUCUGCAAUGCCUGUGGAUUUUAGUGGAACCUGGAACCUUGUCAGCAAUGACAACUUUGAAGGUUAUAUGGUGGCCUUAGGUAUUGACUUUGCAACACGCAAAAUAGCAAAAAUGCUGAAGCCUCAGAAAGUGAUCAAACAAGAUGGUGAUUCGUUCUAUAUCCAUACCACUAGCACAUUCAGAGAUUACUUGCUUGAAUUCAAAGUUGGAGAAGAGUUUGAGGAAGAUAAUAAAGGCUUGGAUAACAGAAAAUGCAAGAGCCGUGUUACCUGGGAAAACGACAAACUUGUCUGUGUGCAGACUGGUGAGAAGAAGAACAGGGGCUGGACUCACUGGCUUGAAGGGGAUGACCUCCACCUGGAGCUUCGUUGUGAGAAUCAAGUAUGUAAACAGGUCUUCAAGAGAGCUUGAAUCUGUGUGGUGUGCUGGGUCCUGCGUGCAGGGACAGCUCUGCACAGGAGCCUCAUGUCCAGCGAGGGCUCUAUGGACAAGAACUGACUCCUGUACCUAAUGGUCUGAAGUUUCUGGCUCAGGAAAUAAGUCUGCUGUUGCCAGUGUUAAACGUCUGAUUUUUGCUAAUAAACGCACCAAACCAAACUAAUCUCAA